AUGAUACAGAGCAUGGCUUCAGUCGUCAAGUUCAAUGUCCCCACAGCAGAGCUCAAACAUCUCAACGGCGAGAUUCUCAGCCCGAUCACGAAUCAUUCAACAGUGGUACUGAUGAUAGGAUUUGUGUACUGUGAUGAUAGGAUGUGUGUGAAAGAUAUGAAUGAGAUGUGGUGGAAUGCAACAGUGGUAUAUGAUGAGGUGCUCGAUCGAGUUGAGUUGAGGAACUCGACCGGAUGGUCGAGUAGGUGGUCGAGCUGGUCUUCAAGAUGGCUUCCUCCUUCUUCCUUUGCGUAUCCAGUUGAGCUGCGUCCAUGCACCAAGUCCUUCCAUGCUCCUCACGUCCCAUAUGCUCCAAAAUGCUCCAAAAGACCUAUUUCAAAGGACCAAACAUGCAUAUGUAUGCAAAUGCAACCUAAAACUACUAUGAAUGCAUAA